CAAGUGGAAACUAGCGAUAGGGCAGCGAAUCAUGCCAGGGUGGGCUCUUUGUAGUUCUUCGUCUAAGCUGUGUCGGAUUCGGUGACCUUGAUCGAAGAUGAGUCUCGAAGACUGAGAGUGUAACCGCGUGUUUGGGGGAGGCGAGGGCGUUUUGGAGGAGUCGCUUUUUUUUAGACACGUAUGCUUCUCGGCCAUCGUGUUGUUACUAGACUGGUGUUGAGAUGAAGCUGAUUUUGAUUUUGUAGAACACCAAUCUACAGGUUUAUGGAUCAAAGGACAAUAGCCUAGGCUCUCUUCAUCCACUCGAUUUCGACAGUGCAUUGUAUACUUGAAACCUUUCUGUGCUCUUGCGUCUCCUCAAAUUUGAAGUUUCAUCUUGCCAAGCGACAGAGGCCCGAAUCUUGAAACUUACCUGCAGACACCAUCGCAAAAGAAGCGUCCAUGGGAAUGGACGAGACUGUCGAUAUUAGCCCAGUGACCGGCUUGCCACAUUGGGAAAUUAUUCCAAGCGAUAUGCCCAGUGCCAUUAAGCGGAUCAAGGCUGCAUUGCGUGAGCGCAUCAAAGCUUCUGGUCGCACAGUGGAGGAGGUCAUCCUUGAGAUUGAGGAAUUUCUGAGAGCCGAAGUGGAAGGUAUUAAGGCCACCAAAUCUCGUGGGGAGGAGGUUUGGCCUAUCAUCGACUUUGCCGACAUCGAGAACGGAACGGUGAGCGAGGAAGCCAAACGCAAAAUCCAUCGGCGCGGCUGUCUCAUGAUACGCGGCCACUUUGACCGUGCGCAAGCAGAAAAGUGGGACUCCGAUGCAGUCAGUUACGUUGAUUUCAAUCAAUUCUUUCAAAAGUACUCUGGUCCAGCAGACGAUUUCUUCGGCAGCCUUGAGAUGUCAAAGCCGGAGAUUUAUCCGAUAUACUGGUCUCGCACACAAAUGGAGGCUCGUCAGCACCCCCGAAUGGCGACGGCACAGAAAUUCCUAAACUCGCUGUGGAAGAUUGAGUCGGAAGGAAAAACCUGGUUCGAUCCAAACCAGCAGAGUCUUUACCCAGACCGCCUGCGUCGUCGCCCGCCAGGAACCAACUCCAAAGGCUUGGGCACGCACCUAGACCCUGGAACCUUAGAUUUGUGGAUGACAGAAGGAUACCAGCAAUAUUUUCGACAUCUCUUCUCGGGAGAUUUUGCUUCCUACGACCCUUGGGAUCCCGCCUACCGAACAGAAGCCGCAGUAUUCCCUGGUUCGACAAUGUGCUCGGCUUUUCGGACAUUCCAAGGGUGGACCGCGCUCAGUGAAAUGCGCAACGAUUCGGGUGUGUUGCACACCAUACCCAUCCCGAAGGCCAUGGCCUAUUUAAUGCUCCGCCCUUUGAUGAACGACGUAGAGGGAGUCGACAUGUGCGGAGUAAGCCUGAAUUGUGCAUUUCCUGUUCAUAGAAAAUGGCACUCCGUUUUGCUGGAAGCAAGCUCCGCCAUCCCCAGCGUUCAACCCGGGGAUUCGGUUUGGUGGCAUUGUGACAUGAUUCAUUCUGUCGCACCGGUCGAGAAACAACAAGGUUGGGGCAAUGUAGUGUACAUUCCCGCCGCACCUUGGUGUCGGAAAAACGCGACGUAUGUCGAAGCGGUGUGCAAAGCAUUCUUGGCUGGCAGCAGCCCUCCCGACUUCCCAGCGGAGAAUUACGAGGCCAACUGGAACAACCGAUUCAGAGAAGAGGAUCUCAAUGACAUUGGUCGACAAAGCUUGGGCCUUCGCACCUAGAUUUGACUCAUGUGCGCAAGCCAAAUCAGUUGAAGCAUUUUGAAAAUGAAUGCUGACAUGUGUUGAACUAUGCAAAAGAUGAGAAUGUAAUGUAUAGAUACAGAAUAUAUUCACAGUAACAUCCGAGUCUUGUAGAGUACAGUGGUCCCAUGGCACUCGUUCCUAUAAACUGCCUCAAGAAAAAAACUCAAUUACUUUUUUGUGUAUACAAUCGACCAGUCAUUGCAUUUCGAGAGUGUCUCUAGCUAUGGAGAAAUCCCGAACCACAUGCCGCACUUGCAGACUAGAGCCUCAUGUCUCAGCCAUGUUUGUAAUGAAGUUGCCCGCGGCAUCCUUGUUUCGCGCA